AUGCUGUGUGCAAUCUCUGGAGAGGCUCCCCAGGUGCCUGUCCUCUCUCCCAAGAGCGGCAGUGUGUUUGAGAAGCGCUUGAUCGAAUCAUACAUCACUGAGAACGGAAAAGAUCCCGUCAACGGCGAAGAGCUCGCUGUUGAAGAACUUAUCGAUAUCAAGUCGCAGCGCGUUGUCCGCCCCCGGCCUCCAACUCUUACCUCAAUCCCCUCCCUUCUCAGCGUCUUCCAAGAAGAAUGGGAUGCGCUCGCCCUUGAGACAUAUACCCUCCAGCAGAACCUUGCCCAGACCCGCCGCGAGCUCAGUGCCGCACUCUACCAACACGAUGCUGCUGUGCGCGUGAUCGCUCGACUAACUCAGGAACGGGACGAGGCCCGUAACGCUUUGUCAAAGGUUAGCAUCGGUGCUACUCGUGCUGCUUCUGGUGGUGAUGCUAUGCAGGUGGACUCUGCAGGUUUGCCCCAGGCGGUGCUGGAGCGGGUUGAGAGCACGCAAGCUGCUCUCUCCAAGACACGCCGCAAGCGUCCUGUUCCCGAGAGCUGGGCUACAAGCGAUGCCAUCUCCUCGUUCAAACCUGUUGAGCCCACUCAACCUCUGUGCCCAGGCGGCCGCGCCUUAUCAGUUGAUUCCACUGGUGAUCUUGCUUUGGUCGGUGGAGCGGAUGGUGUUGUUGGUAUUUACUCGAUCUCUCAGAAGAAUAUGGUCCAGACUCUUAAGACAGAUGGCCCUGUGACUGAUGCCACAUGGGCUGGUAACAAGGCCGUUGUUGGUUCGGCCACGGGAUCUGUCAAGGUGUUUGAGAAUGGCACUGAAGUCGCAAGCUUCGCUUCUCAUGCCGGCGAGGUUACUGCUGUUGCUGUCCAUGCAACUGGUGAUAUUGUUGCCUCAGUGGGUGUGGACAAGAGCUAUGUGCUCUAUGAUCUUGCUACAAACAAUGUGAUCACUCAGAUCUUCACAGACUCAGGUAAGAAAAAGCUCCUUGAAAGUGAGACCAUGAACUUGCAAACUGAUCAUCCCUCUUUAGCUCUGUUAUCUGUGAAUUUCCACCCUGAUGGUCACCUCUUGGCCGCUGGUGGUGCAGAUGGACAAAUUAAGAUUUUCGAUGUCAAGACUGGAGCUGCUGCCGCAGACUUUGGGAUGUCUGGACCUGUUAAGUGCCUUUUCUUCUCCGAAAACGGUACUUUCUUGGCUGCUGCCACUGCUCAGUCUACCACUAUCUCGAUCUGGGACCUGCGCAGUUCCAAGGAAACCAAGGUGCUGGACACCGGCAGCCAGGUCCAAUCUAUUUUCUGGGACUACACUGGCCAGUUCCUCUUGACUGGUGGACCCAGUGGAUUGACUGUUCAACAAUUUUCUAAGGCAUCCAAGGAGUGGUCAGAGCCCCUGCGGAGUGCUGUGCCCUCUGUUGCUGUUGCAUGGGGUUCCUCUGCUCAGAGCAUUGUCACCUUGAAUGAGGGAGGUGCAGUGACUGUACUGCAGACAUAA